AUGGAUAAGCGGAUUGCUCUACUGGACUCUGGUACAGGGCACUGCAAAAGCCUUAGCACUGGCAGGAUUAUUGCAUUUUUGUCUUUGUUUGUUGUCUCAGCUCUCUUCACGACGGGCCUUCAUUUCGAAACCAGUAAUUUUCAAGCGCGGAUUCAACAUGUACCUAUCAAUGCACAACAGAUACUGAGGAAAUGUGCAGCCUUGAAAGUACGUCCAGGGCCUCCUGAAGGUUUUCAGCACAGGGCGGUAUCGGACAGAUAUGACUUUGGAACACCUUCAACGCUGAUCACGAACGCGAGGAUUUGGACUGGAGAACAUAAUGGAACGGAAAUCUUGUUCGGCGAUUUGUUACUGGACAAUGGAAUAAUUAAAGCAGUUGGAUAUGUCCCUGAAGAUUUACUCUCCACCACGACUAACCUUACCAUCGUCGAUGCCCAGGGUGCAUGGGUUACACCGGGUUUGGUCGACCUUCAUUCUCAUGUUGGAAUGUUGAGCGCACCUCUUCUAGCAGGUGUCAUCGAUGUGAAUUCACCAAAAGGCCCUAUUUUGCCGUGGUUAAGGAGUAUCGAUGGUUUCAAUACGCAUGAUGAAUCAAUUCGUCUAGCUAUGGCUGGUGGUAUCACUACGGCCCAAGUCUUACCUGGGAGUAGUAAUGCAAUCGGCGGGCAAGCAUUCAUGAUGAAGCUUAGAAAGACCCCUGAGAGGUCUCCAUCAUCCAUGAUCUUAGAACCACCGCAUACUCUCAACGGAACAGAUAACGGCCCAAAUUUAACGCCUCGUUGGCGUCAUAUGAAGCAGGCUUGUGGUGAAAACCUAAUUCGCCAUGGAACGCGCAUGGAUGCUGUUUGGUCCUUCAGAGCUGCCUACGAGGAAGCGCGUAAGAUCAAGGCUGCGCAGGAUAAAUACUGUGAGGAUGUGGAAGCAGGAACAUGGAACUCCCGCGAAGACUUCCCUGAGAGUCUGCAGUGGGAGAUGCUCGUUGACGUCCUGCGAGGACGCGUCAAGAUUUCAAAUCACUGCUAUGAAGCGGUAGAUCUUGAUAAUAUUCUAACGAAUGAAUUUCACUUCCCUAUUGCAUCGUUCCAUCAUGCCUCUGAAGCCUGGCUAGUUCCUGAUGUAUUGAAAAGAACGUGGGGAGGAACUCCAGCUGCUGCAAUAUUUGCUACCAAUCAUAGGUAUAAACGCGAGUCGUACAGAGGAUCCGAAUAUGCUGCGCGCGUCCUCGCCGAUAACAACAUCCCAGUGGUGAUGAAGUCUGAUCAUCCCGUACUUAACUCUCGCUACCUUCUUUAUGAGGCACAGCAAGCCCAUUACUUUGGUUUACCAUAUAACCUCGCACUUGCUUCUGUGACCUCUGUGCCGGCAACUAUCGCUGGUCUUGAUCAUCGCAUUGGUUUUAUCAGGCAGGGCGCCGACGCAGAUAUCGUGCUUUGGGAUUCCCACCCAUUACAUCUCGGCGCUACCUCUGUUGGGAUUUGGAUUGACGGCAUUGCUCAAAUCCCCAUUCCAUCUAAAGCAGGCGAAAACGCAGGGCUAGUUGACAUUGGAAAGUGCAAGGAAGGCCAGACAUGGCUGAAUUUGCCUCAGGUCCCCGUUUGGGACGAAGAACGCCAGAAAGCUGUUCACUGGGAUGGCCUUCCACCGUUGGAGCCGAUAAGUCAGCGCAAACAAGUGGUCUUUGUGAAUGUCAAGGAGCUGUGGAUCAAAGGCGAACGUGGUAUAGAAGAGAUCAACCUGUCGGACGAUCAGCAAAAGGGACAGACGAUCGUAGCCAUUAAAGAUGGUCACAUUGUAUGCGCAGGUAUCACAUCCACAUGUGAAUCAGUGGUAGCCGAGCUCGAGACAUCGAUCGAGUUUAUUGACUUGCAUAAUGGAACUAUCUCACCUGGUUUAAUGUCCUAUGGAUCACCUCUGGGAUUAGAAGAAAUAGCUGGGGAGCCAUCGACAGGCAAUGGGCCAUUACAUGAUUCUUUCCUUGCGGAUGUACCCAGCAUACUAGGUGACGCAGGUGGUCUCGUACGUGCAGUGGACGCACUUCAAUUCAGCACCCGGAAUGCACUGACGGCCUAUCGUGCAGGCGUGACUUCUGCUACAUCUUCUUUAUUCAAGAGAACACUUUUCGAUGGUGCUUCACCUAGCUUUUCAGGGCUCUCUACAACUUUCCGGACUGGUUCUCGACAUAUAUUGGAUAAAGGAGCCUUGAUCCAAGAAGUGGCCGCACUUCAUGUGUCCAUUGGCAGACCCCAUCCUUUAGCUUCGAAGUCUGGAAAGAAGAUCAUCAGUAUCAGUGAACAAAUUGCAAUCCUGCGCCGACUGCUUCUUGAUCCCGGCUCCCAAGAAACCCUGACUGGACAGUGGUUUAAGAAAGCUUCUCAGGGCACCAUACCCCUUGUCAUUGAGGUUCAUAGUGCAGAUAUCAUGGCAUCCUUGUUACUGCUAAAGAAAGAAGUUCAACGGGCCCAUGGCUCCGCACUAAGGCUAAUCUUCGCUGGGGCCUCCGAAGCACAUAUUCUUGCGGAAGAAAUCGGUGAAGCUGAUGUAGGCGUAAUCAUCAAUCCUGCAAGACCAUACCCAGGGGAAUGGGAUCAACGUAGGAUAUUACCUGGUCCUCCACUCUCCAAUGAUACACAAGCUGUCACUCUGAUUCGGAAUGGUGUCCUAGUGGCAUUAGGUGUUCCUGAAGCGUGGGCUGCGCGGAAUGCUAGGUUUGAUAUGGCAUGGGCAUCGCUCGAGUCUCAUGGGAAAAUCGACCAACGUCAAGCGUACGCCUUAGUGACAACUAAUCUGGACAGAAUGCUAGGUGUAGAAGAUGUAGAUUUGGAUUUAGUCGCGUAUGAUGGAGGAAGUGUGUUUGAUAUGUCGAGUAAAGUAGCUGCUGUGAUAUCUUCCCAGAGAGGAAUGGUGGAUAUUUUGUAGCACAUGUACGGAUUAUAUAUUUGAUAUCCUUACCUCUGAAUCGCCUAUGAUCAGAAGAAUAGGACUGCUAUACUACGCCUAACAACGCCGCACCACUUUUGAUCCCUCUUCCUCGGGCGGCAGCGAAGCUUAUGAAGACGCAACUAAACAGGAAACCAGCGAAUCUAAAG